AUGAAAAAAUGUCGGCGGAGUAAAGCAAAUGAUAGAGAAAGAAGUCGAAUGCAUUCGUUAAAUGAUGCUUUAGAAUCGUUACGUAAAGCGUUGCCAACCUAUCCUGAAGAUGCUAAAUUGACCAAAAUUGAAACCUUAAGACUGGCUCAUAAUUACAUCUGGGCAUUGACUCAA